UUUUUCAGCCCCUAAUCUAAACCCGGAUAUUUGAACUUCACAAUCCGGAUCCUCCUUUUUGACCCGAAUUUUACUGAUGCUCUGAUAGUAGGAAUUUUCAGCCAUGGAAACCGAGAAUCGGCCGAGUUUUUCAUACAUGGGGAGGAAUUUCAGUGAUUUGAGUAUUAACGAGGACUCUUCAGCUUUUAGCGAAUGUAACAGCGAUAGAUCCGGCGAGUUUCCGUCGACUUCUUCGCAGAGCCGGCAGCUCGCCAUGGCCUGUGCGUCGGAGAACUCGGACGAGUUGAUCCAACAACUCGUCUCUGACCUCCAGUCCUGUUCGAUUGAGGAGCAAAAGCAAGCGGCCAUGGAGAUCAGACUCAUCGCGAAGAACAAGCCGGAAAACCGGGUCAAAAUCGCGAAAGCCGGCGCGGUUAAGCCGUUAAUCUCGUUGAUUUCCUCGGCCGAUCCUCAGCUCCAAGAGUACGGCGUCACGGCGAUUCUGAAUCUCUCGCUCUGCGACGAGAACAAGGAGAUCAUAGCCUUCUCCGGCGCGAUUAAGCCACUGGUUCGAGCUUUGAGACUGGGAACUCCGACGGCGAAAGAGAACUCGGCUUGCGCUCUGCUUCGACUCUCUCAGGUAGACGAGAACAAAUCCGCAAUCGGACGGUCAGGAGCGAUUCCGCUGCUGGUGAAUCUUCUAGAAAGCGGCGGCUUUCGCGCGAAGAAGGACGCAUCGACGGCUCUGUACUCUUUGUGCUCUGUAAAGGAAAACAAGAUCAGAGCCGUCCAUGCUGGAAUCAUGAAGCCGUUGGUGGAAUUAAUGGCUGAUUUCGGGUCAAACAUGGUGGACAAGUCAGCGUACGUACUGAGCCUACUGGUUUCAGUUACGGACGCGAGAACAGCCUUGGUUGAAGAAGGUGGAAUUCCGGUGUUGGUCGAGAUUGUAGAGGUCGGUUCACAGAGGCAAAAGGAGAUCGCGGUGGCGAUAUUGUUACAGGUCUGUGAGGACAGUGUGGUGUACCGUACUAUGGUGGCUCGCGAAGGAGCGAUUCCUCCCCUCGUGGCUUUGUCUCAGUCCGGCACCAAUCGCGCCAAGCAAAAGGCGGAGACAUUGAUAGAGCUUCUACGGCAACCGAGGUCCGGCAACGUCGCUGCCACUACCAAAACGUCAGCGGUGUCAGUAUAAGAGGCCCCACAAAUGCUUGCGCUUUGUACACAAACGGUUAAAAUGAGUAACGCAGGAAGAGAGAGAAACCCCAAAAAAAAAAAAAUGUAAAUAUCUGUGUAACGUGCGAGUUUGUAAAGAUUGCGAUAAAAAAAAGAGAUCUGAGUUUGGUUUCUAUUUUGGUUUGAUCUGUUUCUUUUUUUUGGAUUUGAAAAUGCCUCAGUAUAAAUUUUAUUUGGUGU